CAGCAGCUCGCCUGUUUCACACUCUCACCUUGUUGAAGGAAGGUGUCUUCCUCCUCUUAUAUUAAAAAAAAAAAAAAACAUUUUUUUUUAAACUCAGUUAAUCGUGAUUUAAUUGUGUCAAUAUAUAUAUUAUUUUUUUUACCAUCAAGUUAACAAACAAGGAGAACCAUGAAGACAGUGGUGGUGAUAUUAUUCUUGACAAUUGGAUGUUUUGCAUUAUUGGCAAAUUCAACACCAAUUAAAAAAUCAAAUGAUCAGGUAAAAAAAUCAGCUGAAAAUAUAUCAUCAAGACAAGCAGCAGUAGCAGCACCACCAGCAGCUGAUGAUGAUGACGAUGAUGAUGAUGAUGAAGAUGACAUUGCAUCAAUUGCCGUUGAUGAAGAUGACGAUGAUGAUGAUGAUGACGAUGAUGAUGACGACGAUGAUGACAUUAUUGAACGUUUAUUUGAAGGAAUUCUUGGGGACGAUGAAGAUGAUGAUGAUGAUGAUGUAAAACCAGUUGAACCAUUGGUACAAGCAGCAAGUCCAGUACAAACACUACCAGUUUCAGUUCAAAGUGAUUUAAAUACAGCAGCAGCAGCAGUAGCAAGUGAAAAUUUUGGUAAUCAAGCUGAUGCUGUAGCCAGUGGUGAAGCUGGAUCAGUUGAAGAUGAAGAUAAACCACAAGAACAAUCAUUACCAGUUGGUUCACCAGUUGAUAAUAGUUUAAGUCAUGCAACUGUUCUCCAACCAAUUCAACAAGUAGCAGCAAUACCAGCACAAGCAACAAGUAGUGAUGAUGACGACGAUGAUGAUGAUGAUGAUGACGAAGAAGAUCUUGAUAUUGAUAUUACUGGAGAUGAAGAUAGUGAUGAAGAUGAUGAUGAUGAUGAUGAAGAUGAUGAUGGUGAUGAUCUUAGUGAUCUUGCUGGUGCAAGAGCUGCACGUGGAAUGGAAUCACCCGAGACAAAUGAUGUAUCAGUAUCAGCAAUUUAUGUUGCAAAAUAUAAUCGUUUUGUUGACAAUAUACUCUCAAGAAUAAAUAACAUAUUGGAAAAAAAAUAUAAUCCAGUUAUGGUUAGACUAUCAAGUCCAGCAAGUAAAUCAAACAAGUCAAAAACAAAUAAAAAAAGUAAAAAAAAUAAAACAAAAUUACUAAGUCGUAAUGAUGCUAAUACAAAUGAAUCAACAACAUUAUCAACAACUGAAAAUCAAAAAAUUGAAACGAAUUUAACUGAAUCAUUUGAUAAUACAUUGUCAAGUAGAAAAUCAUCAACAAAACCAGUUAGAAAAUCAAAUAAAAAAAAGAAUAAAAAUAAAACAAAAACAUCAUUAUCAACAACAUCAUCACCAUUAACAACAACAUUAAAAACAACAACAAAAAAGCCAAAAUUAUCAUCAACAUUAUCGCCAAUUAAAAAGAAACAAAACAAUAAUAAUAAAACUAAAAAAUUAAAAUCACGUGCACGUGCAACAUUAUAUGGUUUACCAACAUUAAAAAGAUCUGGUGAUGUAUCAGUUAAUAUGAUGAGUAAUCAUACAACAAUACGUACAAAAUUUAGUCUUGGUCCAUUGAUAUUAAAAGUUGAAAAAGAAUUUGGUAGAUCAAAUAAAAAAGAAUUACGAAGUGCAACAGCAACAACUGCUGAAAUGUCUGGUAAAUUAAGUUUACGUGUGAUGAAUGGUGGUGCUGCAACACUACAUUCAAUACGUGUGUUACAACCAAAACAAGUGAGAAUUGAUAGUAAAGAUGAUCAUGAUCGUACACGUGAAUUUGUAUGGCGUAGAUCAUCACAUAUUGCACAUGUUGUAUCACAAAAAUUAUCAUCAGCAACAAGAUCAAUGCUAAGACCACCACCAUUGAUAACAACAACAUCCACAACAGCAACCACAACAUCACCAAUACCAAUAUCAACAUCACCACCAUCAACAGCAUCAAUUGUCUAAAUAACUCUUUUUCCUCUUUUUAUUCAUUUCUUCUUUCCAUUUGACAAAUAAUUAUUGCCAUUGAUAAUUUUGUGUACUUAAUACUAUCAUUAUUUAUCCAUUGUUUAUUUAUUUUAUUUUAUUAUUUAUUUUUUUUUUUUUUCUGCAUUAUGAUUGCUAAUAUUUAUUUAUUCAUAAAUUUCUGUGAAGGCUGAUCCGUUUCAUGAUAAUUAUUGUAAAUAUUGUAUUUUUUUUUUUUUUUAAAUAAAAAAUUAUUUAUUUAUUUAAAUGUAAUUGUAAAUUUUAAUAAUCAAAAGUAAAUAAAUUGAAAUUUUUUAAAUUAAAA